UCCGCCGCCGCCCAGCUGCGCCGGGGCGCCCUCCGGAGAUGCUGCCGUGGAAGAAACACAAGUUCGAGCUGCUGGCCGAGGCGCCGCCGCGGCAGGCGUCCAAGCCCAAGGGCUACGCGGUGAGCCUGCACUACUCCGCGCUCAGUUCGCUGGCGCGGGCGUGCCCCGAAGGCGCGCUCAGCCGGGUGGGCAGCAUGUUCCGCUCCAAGCGCAAGAAGCUACACAUCACCAGCGAGGACCCCACUUACACCGUGCUCUACCUGGGAAACGCCACCACUAUCCAGGCGCGCGGUGACGGCUGCACCGACCUAGCGGUGGGCAAGAUUUGGAGCAAGAGCGAGGCGGGCCGUCAGGGCACCAAGAUGAAACUGACUGUGAGUGCGCAGGGUAUCCGCAUGGUGCACGCGGAGGAGCGCGCCCUGCGCCGCCCGGGCCACCUCUACCUACUGCAUCGCGUUACCUACUGCGUGGCGGACGCGCGGUUACCCAAGGUCUUCGCCUGGGUGUACCGGCACGAGCUGAAGCACAAGGCAGUAAUGCUGCGCUGCCACGCGGUGCUGGUGUCUAAGCCCGAGAAGGCCCAGGCCAUGGCCCUGCUGCUGUACCAGACGUCGGCCAACGCACUGGCGGAAUUUAAACGGCUCAAGCGGCGGGACGACGCGCGUCACCAGCAGCAGGAAUUGGUGGGCGCGCACACUAUCCCGCUAGUGCCGCUGCGCAAGCUGCUCCUGCACGGACCCUGCUGCUACAAGCCGCCGGUGGAGCGCAGCCGCAGCGCGCCCAAGCUCGGCUCCAUCACCGAGGACCUGCUCGGAGAACAGCAGGAGCAGGAGCUGCAGGAGGAGGGAGACGAGCACACCGAGGGCUGCCUGGAGGAGGAAGAGGAAGAAGAGGAUGGCCACGCGGGGGUGGAGGACCCGGCGGCGGCGGAGGACGCAGAGGCGCAGCGAGCGCUGGUAGUGGCCAUGCACUUCGAAUGCGGGGACUUGUUAGACACGCUGGAGAGUGGCCGCGAGGAGGCGCUGGGGGGCGGCGGGGUCUCGCUGGGACCCGGGGCUGGGCCGCCGCCUCUGCUCUUGGGCAGCGCCUCUGACAUGAAGGCCGAACUGUCGCAGCUUAUCAGCGACCUGGGCGAGCUCAGCUUUGGCAACGAUGUGCGCAGCCUGCAGGCCGACUUGCGGGUGACUCGCCUGUUGUCUGGCGAGAGCACGGGGAGCGAGAGCUCCAUCGAAGGCGGGGGCCCUGAGGCCUCCUCUACCGGGGACCGGUCGGGUCCGGCCAACAGCGCCGACCCAGAAGAACCCCCCACCGGUUGAGCUCUGAGCAACCCCCUGCGCGCCCUUGGCGCCCUACCGUGACUCCCCACUCAUCAUCUCCACAACCUCCCUCUCCGCCUCUCGAGAAAGGGAGAAUGGGACACAGGAGGCCAAAGGUUUCCCCAGCCUCUCCCCAGUCAACGCAUUUGGCUCUGCUUGAAGUGGGACUCAGGUUUCGCAUGAAGUAUGGGGAGAUGCUCGAGGGGGCGGGGAACUCAGGAGAGGGAGGUAACCCUCUUAAGUAGGCGGCAAGGGAAGGGCCCGCUGGAGUGAGUGGAGACCCGCAAGCCUGAGGUUUCCUGUUUGGGGCAGCUGGGGCCUGAGUAGGAGGGGUUAACUUCCUCCCCAAAUCCCCCUAACUAGGAGGGUCUAACAUUGUCAUUUACCUGUCAUUUAAAACAAGAAUUUGCUCUCACAAUGUUUGAGGCUUUGAUGCCACCUCCUUGUUCCCAAUUUUUUGGUGCAAGAACUUGGGUUGUUUACCUCAGAGUCAGACCCUUGAAAUUCUGCCAAAUUCCUCAAAUAACUGUUUGUGGUGGGGGAUGAAAGAAAGUUGCAUUUUGUUUACAGUUAAAGGAGUUUGCCUUUAGAAACACACCUUCCUCCUGCUCAAAAGCUCUCCUCCAUGAUACUGUGUGAAAUAUUUUUGCACUGUUGUGAAGCAUUUUUGACAUCUUUUAUUUUGUACAUUAACUGUGUUCUCAGAGCUGAAUGUUUAUAUCUUUUGCUGUGCAAAAGGGACAUGUAAUAUGUUGUUCAGUUGUAUAUACAGAAAUGUGUAUAAAACAUUUUGUUAUUUUUUAAGAGUAGCACUGCCCUGGUUCUGUUUGCACACCAAUGGGGAGAGAAUAAAGAGGACAAUUCAAUGGAACAGGUUUAGCCUCUGGAACUGCUACUGAAAGAGCUUGGUGGAGGGGGUGGGAGAGGGUGUGACCAUCCCUGGGAUGCUGUGGUAGGACAGUCUUGGGCCUU